AUGGAUCCCUCGAGGUUAAAGGACAAUAAAAGUAUCACAGGACAUUACAGUUCGGUAGAUGAUGAGGACUUGGAGGAUGUUUUGGAUGACAGCGAGGUAGAGGAACUCUUCCAGCAGCAGUUACCCGCCGGUGUCGGGGAGGGAGAUCACCGCAUUUUUAUCGUUCAUCCUGACGUUAAAUGGGGAAGCAAAAAGCAGCAUCUAACCACAGCUGAAUUACAGAUGGCAGAAGCUGUGGGCUUAGUAAACACUUUGCAGAACUGGACUGUGGUGGAUAAGAUCAUUCUCUCCACCAAGACACCGGAGAAGAAGAGAAUUUUUGGCAAAGGGAACUUCCAGACCCUCACAGAGAGGAUCAGGAAGACACCUGGAAUAACUGCCGUUUUUGUGAAUGUGGAGCGUCUCUCUGCGUUGUCUGAGAGGGAGCUGCAGGAGGCCUGGGGUGUAAAGGUGUUUGACAGGUACACCGUGGUUCUCCACAUCUUCCGCUGUAACGCCAGAACCAAGGAGGCCAAACUGCAAAUCUCUUUGGCAGAAAUUCCUCUGCUCAGGUCGCGUUUGAAGAACGAAAUUGCACAUUUGGACCAGCAGGGUGGUGGAUCAAGGUACAUAAUGGGCUCAGGUGAGACAUUGAUGGAGGUGCAGCAGAGACUGUUGAAGGAGAGAGAGCUGAAGAUUCGUUCAGCUCUUGAGCGUCUACGCAAAAAGAGACACCUCCUACGCUCCCAGCGCAAACUCAAAGACUUUCCCAUCGUUUCUGUCAUGGGCUACACCAACUGUGGAAAAACAACGUUAAUUAAAGCUCUGACCGGGGAUGCUGGACUGGAACCUAAAGACCAGCUCUUUGCCACUCUGGACGUCACAGUCCACGCCGGCCGGCUCCCCAGUCACAUGACCGUCCUGUACGUCGACACCAUCGGCUUCCUGUCACAGCUUCCCCACCAGCUCAUCGACUCGUUCUCCGCCACGUUGGAGGACGUAGCGCACUCAGACCUGUUAGUUCACGUGAGGGACGUCAGUCACCCGGAGACGGUGAAUCAGAAGGUUAACGUGCUGAAUGUUCUGAAGAGCCUGCAGAUCCCAGAGCGUCUAAUGAACUCCAUCAUAGAGGUUCACAACAAGAUCGACCUCAUCCAAGAGUAUGAGUGCCCUGAUUCGGAUGCUGUUCCUGUCUCAGCACUUAGAGAACUGGGCCUGGAUGAGCUGAAGCUCAGGGUGCAGGAGACCAUCAUGAAAUCAACAGGCAAACAAACCCUCAGCCUUAAAGUACAACUGGACAGCCCUCAGUUAGGCUGGCUGUAUAAGGAGGCUACGGUGCAGGAAGUGGAUGAUGUAGGUGAUGAUUGCACUGCUACAGUCAAAGUCAUCAUCAGCACUGCUGCCUACGGACGCUACCGGAAGCUCUUCCCCGAUACCUAG